AUUGCCAAGAAACUGAAGAUCUCGUACAAUWUCUAAUUGACCCCAAACUUUUGAACGGUAGUGUUUGUCUGCAGGCAUAGACGUGCUAGUCAACCCAAACUCAGAACCAAGCCAAUGCAUUCAAUCAAAACACGUUGUGCUUCCAUAUGAGACAUAAAUGAGGGCGUUUGAUUAAUGAGCUUUCACUUAACCCUCUUGGUGCUUUCUCGAUUAACCCUCUUGGUCCUUUCUCUAUCUCUGCAUGUGUGUGUGUUUGAAUGUGUGUGUAUUUUAAUGUGUGUGUAUGUGCACAUGGAUGAAUAUGGAUCCAUACAUAUUCCAGGAACACAAUGAUGGGAGUAAGCACAGGGAUGAACCAGGCUCUCGUCAGCAGCAAUCCCCUGGCCACAAUGCAAGCUCUGGCUGCCAGUGGUGGGCAGCUGCCCAUUUCCAGUCUUGAGGCCGGAGGUCAGAUGAUCCUGGGCGGGGCUGGGGUUCGCCCCUCCCUAUUCCUCAACCGCCACACCCUCCUGCCUAUGGCGUCCCACCAAGCCUGCGUGGGAUUGGUCGGCGGUCCCAGGGGCGACUCUCCGCCCCCCCGCGCCAGCGGCAUGGACGUCGACUCCUGCUCCGCCUCUCCCUGCUCCAGCCCCGCCUCCUUCUGCUCGUUCAGCGAAGCCUCACCGCCGCCGCUUGGCGGGGCCAUGGCCGAGUGACGACGACACAACCCAAAGGAUCCUAUCAGGAGGAAGAGGAGGAGGAGGAGGAGGAGGAGGAGGAGUUUUAGUGGAGCUUUACAGAAACACCUCGCCUUUCAACCAAAGCCAUCUCUCUCUCCCUCCAUUUGUCGCCUUCGCUCUCUCUCCCGGAGUCUUUCGAAGCCAAAAAAUACACAGAUUGAAAGAGGAAGAAGAGAGCGAGGAAGAAUGGAGAGGAGGAGAGAACAGGAGAACGGGGAGAUUUAAACCAAAAAAAUGAUCUAUCUAUACAGUUGGAGAGGUGGCAUUGUGGAACGUUUUGUCGGCAGUGAAUGCUAAUGUACAUUUACUCCUUUCUCUGAAAAGAACAAACGAGCUGAAAAAAAACGUCUGAAAAAGAGGGCAGGGAUGACAACUGAACUAAGACUUUGUGUGAGAGAUGGGUGGCAAGGACAGGAAAGGAAGGAAAGACUUUCAACAAGCUUCAGCGGAAGGAUGGAAAGAAAACCAAAUGUAAAAAUACCUAGAAGGGAAAAACACACAAAGAUAAAAAUGACAAACAUGCCAAAAUCUCCAAAACCGAAAUACCAAAAACUGAAACCAAAAAAAACGGAGAGAAAAGCUUUACUUAAAAGACUUAUGAUUCUGAUCUGUCCAGGAUCAGCACAUCACCCACACUCAACAACGCCAAAAACAUGUAUGAGUUCAUCGUAAUAUGUUUUUUWAAAGUUUUCAACACUUAUUUUUGUAUUUUAUAUGAUUUGAGCAUUGGGUUAUGUCAUACCAAAUGAGCAUGAUUUGAUAUAGAUAUCUUAGUGGUGUCAGUCCUCCCACAUAUCUUUGCCUACCUCUCUAGUGGCUGUACAGUUUCAACCUAUUUAUAGUACAAAGCCUUGUUGUGGAUUUAGCAGUCACCUCGAAUUAGUAACUUUACAACUUAUUUUGUGGUUUAUUUUCCUAAUCAAUUUCCUUUGUUGAUUUCACAUUUUGCUCAUUGAAUCCUCAUUGUCAUGAUCAUCAUAAUUAUCACCCUUGUCAUUAGGGUUAUUAACUUCAACAUUUGUUUAAUAUGAUGAGAUAUUGUUGCCUCCUUUGUUUCAUAACAUCUUAUGUACAAUUCUCUAGCACCCUCCCCUUGCGAAGAUAAGGGCACUGGGCCUUUUUCUCAAAUGUUUUAUGAGAUUGGAGAACACAUUGGGAGGGACGUUAGACCAUACCUCCAUGCAGAAUAUUUCCAGAUCCUUUGUCUGCUCUUAUGGACUUCCCGCUUCAAUUCAAACGACAAUGGGGUUCAAGUCUGGAGAAUGAGAGGGCCGUUGCAAAAUGUUGAUUUUUGUGGCCAAUUAAACUUUUCUUUGU